AUGUUUGACGUUUGUGUCUUUAUUCUUAGUGUAAUUUCUGUGGUUUUGUUUGUUUAUUUUUUGUUGGAGUUUCACUAUUUUUUCCGAGCUUUUUUGUGUAUGGUCAAUGCGCGGUUUUUCAAAGGAAAUGUGUUUGUUUUGGACGAGACUUUUGUUAAUGGAAUCUGUCUAACAAAUGACGUGGACAACCUCCUGAACCACAUGAAUAACGCCCGCUACCUGCGUGAGUUGGACUUUGCCAGAAUCGACUUUUACGAACGCACCAAAUUGUACGAACGCACCGUUGCCAAAGGAGGUUCGGUUUUCAUUGGUGCCUCCACAAUCCGAUACAGAAGGUUCAUCAAAAUUUUCUCCAAAUAUUGCAUCAGCACCAAAAUCGUUUACUGGGACAAUCAAAACGUUUAUUUGGAACACAAGUUUAUAACGCACAAAAAUUUUGUGAAUGCUAUUAGUUUGUGUAAGUUGCGUUUUGUCAAAGUGGAUGUAGAGGAGUUGAUGCAAAAUCUUAUGGAAACUUUGCCCAAAAAUGUAGAAGGCUGUGUGAGGCAAAAACCACUUAAGCCCUUGGAGCUUGAAAAAUGGAUUGAAAGCAAUCAAAUUUCAAGCGAAAAUUUAUUGAAGAAUGUUCAAAAGACUGAUUUUUUUGUUGCUUAA